CUCUAGUCUCUACAGCAGUCUACUUUCGUUAGUCGAAGCUUCUAAACGUAUCGCGUGAUGGAAAGUGUCGCCCGGAGCAUUCUGUCAGCAAAAUAGAAAAUAUAAAUAAAUUGCCGUGAUGCUCUAAUAGUCAAUUAUGCAAAGUAGAACAGUUUGAGCGAAGAGACCCAGCACUGGGAAUCAUAGUGAGAUCUCUUUUGAAUGAGUUGUCUACCUUAAAGUUGAACCUUUCAAGACUCCAAGUGUCCCCUAGGAGAGAGUAACACAUCAUUCGAUGGCAGCUUUUCAGCGCAAAAAAAAACUCCACGAACUUUCCGUCGUGUCAAGUCUGACGAUUUAGGCAGUGUGCCCUUAAAGUGCUGGUGGCGAUUCUCAUGGUUUUGGAUUGGGAUCUUCCCUCGAAACCCCUGGGAGUCAUAAACGAGGAAGCCAAAACGGGGUCACUUCUGGGGAAUCGUCAACAACAACCGGUAGUGCUUGUGGAGCUGGCUGGACAUUGGUAGCAACGAUAAUUUGCUUAGCUCAGCCUCUAACUAACCACUAUAUAUACUGGACUGGCAAAGGGCCCAGAAACGCGAUGUCACAAAGUUCACCAACAACAACGUCGUCGUCGUCCUUCACGCAGGAUGAUGCCUCCAACGAGCCGUGGCUGCCAACGCUGGCCAACGGUCAUCUCGGGUUCACCGUGUUCGGCGACGCCGUCUACGUGAACGGCCUGUACAACGGCCAGCUCGGGCUGAGUCACCGGGCCCGGAUCGCCAACGUGGCCAACCUUCGGAUCGACGCCGGUGGGAACCCUCGACCCCCGACGCUCGUCGGCCAGUCACGGAUGGACUUUGCGAGGGGCACGUUUUUCGUCGAUUACCGCGGCCCUAAUAAUAGCUACAGGGUAACUCAGGCGAUCUAUCCCCAUCAAUUGUACAAUCGUGCCAUCGUCAAUCAAUUCCGGAUCGAGCGGCUCCGGGCGGAAGGCGAUAUUCACCUGAGCAUAACUCAAGCCAGCACCUCACCCACCAGCGAAGACAUCGUGUUCAACUCCACGGCGGAGUCAGUCAUCUUCAUCAGCCGUGGCGCGGAACGGCCAUCGUCCUCUGGAGUCGUCGUCGUCGCCGCUACCAAGGAUGAAUAUUCAACAGCAGCAGAAGAAGCGUUCCAAGUGCACCAGGCCUGUGGCAGCACCCGGGAACCGGAGGAUCCAUCAGGCCGGAGCCAACCGCGACAGGUCUGUGUCUUAUGGAAUCAUGUUCCAGAACGGCUCACACUGAAACGGUCCGAGCGCACGGUGUCGUACAAAUUUAUAAUGACGGCCGAUGAAAGUGCCAGCCGAGCUCGCCGUGAUCUGGAGCGAGCACUGCGCAUCACUGACGACGAUGAACUGCUGCGCUGCCACACGGACAUUUGGGCCAGCUUCUGGAACAGGUUCGACAUCCAGCUGGAAGGUGAUCCCGACCUGGAGCAAACCGUUCGAGCCAGCCUGUUCUACCUGAUUAGUAACUUUCCGUUGGGCACCAACGGUACCGAUGACGAGCCAUUUCAAUUCGGUGGUCUCAGCCCAACGGGACUCGGCCGCGGCGGCUCCGAUCUGGACGACUACGAGGGACAUUCGUUCUGGGACACGGAAAUUUGGAUGUUCCCGGUGGUGAAUCUUGUGGAGGCGCGGUUCGCCGAGAUGGCGAUCGACUAUCGGUUCCGGAGGAUGGAUGCCGCGAGGGAGUAUGCACGAACUGGGGGAUAUCAGGGAGUUAGGUACCCCUGGGAAAGUGCAUCAACGGGCAUCGAGGUGACCCAACCCGACUACAUGGACUCGGUGGCCGCCUUUCAGCAACACAUCACCGGUGACAUUAGCUUCGCGUUGCGGCAACAUCUGGCCACCACGCAAAACCUCGACUGGUUGCGCACCCGCGGAUGUCCUCUAGCGCAAGAGAUUGCCCAAUUUUGGGCCAGCCGGCUCUCGUUGGAUCCCGUUACAGGGCUGUACGAUAUCAAGGCUGUGAUGGGACCGGAUGAAGAUCAUAAAAAUGUUACCAACAACGCGUACACCAACGUGAUCGCCGGCUAUGCGCUGUAUUUUGGCGACUUGACGAAAUGCCUGGUGAGCAGCUGUGACCAAGACCGGGACAAAGCCGCCCCACCGACCGAGGGCGGAAACUGGAGUGACCUGGCGUCGCGAAUAAAGCUGCUUUACGACGCCGAAAAUGACUACCAUCCGCAGUUCGAGGGCUAUCGGCGGGACACCGUUAUCAAGCAGGCCGAUACGGUGCUACUGGGCUAUCCGUUGCAAUAUCCGGGCCUGACGACGACCGCCAGGAGCAAUGAUUUGCGCUUUUACGAGGCAGUUACGCGGUCCAGCGGACCGGCCAUGACCUGGGCCAUUCACGCAGUUAACCAUUUGGACCUGGGAGAGGAGCGGGAGGCAGCGCGGAGGUUCGAGCAAAGCUACCGCGACUAUGUCCGGGGACCGUACCGGGUUUGGAGCGAGGUUGGUCCCGGGCAGUCGGGAGCAAGGAAUUUCAUCACCGGAGCCGGAGGAUUUCUGCAGGCCGUCAUCAACGGGUAUGGCGGAGUGCGGGUUUUCUUGGAUCAUUUGGAGAUUCGAAAUUCCAGACUUCCUCCGGGUUCCGCAACUUCUUUCAAAAUCAAAGGCCUUCAAUAUCUGGGUGCCAGACUGACACUAACGGUAACGACUUCUUCAACCAAGUUAUCAGUUGAGCAAAUCUGUCAGAAUAUGACAAUCCAGAUUGGAAACGGUUUACCGACCCUGAUAGUGGAACGUGAAGUAUAUGAUAUUACCGGUGUACUAGCAAUAAUCAAGGCAAACGAAAGUAUUUUCGAGAAAUGCCCAGAGCAAGAUGAAACUCUUACAACGGUGAACGUAAACGUUUAAAACACUCUCAAAAAACAAAUCUGAAGAAUUCUAAACGACAAUUAACUUUUGUUUAAAAUAAGGCUGAUACAGGUAUUUGUCAAAGCUCAAAAUUUUAAACCUAGAGCCCGGGAGG